CACGAAGGGCGCGGAGAAAGCGGCGAGCUGCGAAGUCUGUACGAUCAGAUAGAUGACGAUGAGUCACCACGCACGCCGCAGGGAAGGGCGGGUUUGUCCUUUACAGCACAGCGUGCCGUCAACGCGUUUCUCCGGCAACGCAUGAAGACGAACGGGCACGGAGCUCCGCACCAUGGGAAGGGGGCCACUGCAUCCUCCACCGUCUUUUCAGACACAACGACACCUUCCCCUCGGGGGGUACACACAAACGGGCUCGCGGCGCGCAUUCGCAAUCAUCAUCAAGCGAGUGCAGCCGCAGCGGCAUCCGCAUCGUCGUCUGCAGGCAUCGAAAUUGAAGGUUCUGGCUCGAGGACGGUGGGCGCGUCGGCCUCCGCU